AUGUCGCUCCCGGCGUUCCAGAAGUACGAAGAACUUGUUCCUGAGCUGAAGCUUGAGAUCUGGCGCCAGGCCUCGCUUUCUCCCGGUGUCCAUCACUUCAAAGUCAGGCCCUGGAUAGGUACGCGGGGAGCCGAUCUUAACGUUCAAAGGGUUGAUAUCACUCCGGCCGGUCAGGCAGACUCUGAUCCCUCGGUAUGGAGAGCUCGUAUUAGAAUUGCUAAGGCCGAUAAAUACUCAUGGGAUGUCGUGAAGAAACUUCUAAAAGGGGCGUCAACCAAGGAAAUCUGGCGUCCCCAGCGCGGAAAUUAUUCCGGCGCUGUAAUUGACUGUGAUCGUGAUCUUGUCUGCGUCCGAUUUCAUGGUCUCAUUUCCAACCCGUAUAUUGGAAACUUCGGUGACUUCGACAAGCUGGCGGGCAUCAGACGCGUCGCGGUCGAGUACAGGAAGAAUUGGAGGCCUUCCAUCAUGUACAAUUGGCCCCAACCGAUUUUCCAGUGUCUAUGUCAUAACACAACCCACGACAUUACAGCAGUCUGUCCUAAAGCUUUCGAAGACUUCAUCCCCUACUUUCCGGAUAUCGACGUCUUCUACUUCAUGGUCAAACUGACUAGCCAAACCAUCAUUCCUCCCCCUCCUGUCCCAAAAGGAAAGAAGCGAAGUCGACAGGGAGUCAUUAAGGAAGAUGACCAGCAACCCGAGCCCGCACCGGCAGAAUCACCAACACGAGGAAAGGUUGCUCAAGUGACUUCAGAGACCUUCACCAAGUUCCGAGAUAUUGCAGAACGGAACAAACUCGACACUUUCGAGGAUAGGGUGUAUACUUACUGCGAGGCGCGAGAAGCUGACACGUCGUGUCUUCUCAUGCACGAGGAAAUAUGGAAAGUCUUCAGCGAGUUGAAGGGUCUUUGGAAACUUGCCAAGACGAAAUUACCGCCUCCUUACCCAGUCAGAGAACCCGAACUUAAAGUCCUGGUCUACACCGAAUUGAAGAAGAGAUAG